AUGAUGUCCAGUUCAAUCGAGAGUGAAACAACAUUAAAGCCAGUAAGGAUGAGAUUCACUCCAGAAGAAGAUGCAAUGAUAAAAGAUCUAGUUGAAAAUAAAAAGAUUAGUCCAUGGAGUGAAGUUGCUAAAUAUCUUCCAGGAAGAACAGGAAAUCAGUGCAGAGAUAGAUAUAAUUCAUACCUUUAUGCUAAUACAUCUUCAAAAUCAUGGACAAUUGAAGAAGAUAAAAUGAUUGUUGAAAAAUAUAAAGAAUUUGGUCCGCGUUGGGUAUUAAUCAGUAAAUUCAUACCUGGAAGAAAUGGAAAUAGUAUUAAAAAUCGCUGGCACAAAGCUUUAGUUAAGUAUCAUGGAAUCAAGCACAAUAAUGUAAAACAGGAAAGAAGAAAUAAGAAUCUAAAAUAUUGCCUAAAUUGUCCAGCUACUCAACCAGUCAAUAAUGAAGAUAUAAAUUUUCUCAUAGAUCAAUUAGUUAAGAACAUUCCUGAUGAUAGCGAAAUGAAUAUUGAUUUAGAUUCUUGUUUCUCAGAAUUUUAUGCAGAGAAUCUUGAUUUUCCAGCUUUUGUAUGA